UUGUAACAGAGUCAAUUCUCUUUUUCAUUAUAAAAUAUUUCGGUACUAAUAGUUACCUUUGAUGAUAAAAUUCGUCGACGCCCGUCUAACCUUCCGACGAUUUGCAGAAUUGUCAGGAAUUUCUCCUUUUAAGAGAAAUUCUUGAACCUGUAUAUAGAACGCAAAAGAAUCCAUAUCGCUAGACUGUCGUAAAAACGUUGGCGGUGACAGGAAGUGGAAGCAAUUUCGCGCAUGCGCAGUACAAAUCGUGUUUCCGGUACGGAUCGAGUAGUCACAGGGCUCUCGGCAGGAGUUGACAGCUGAUCGUCUGUGCACCCUAACUAGAAUGACAGAUGUGUGACCAGUCGACAUUUGAGCUGACUCUGCCUGCUCUGCUCAGCUACUGAGGUAGUGGUGAUGGCGACAGAUAGAAGUAUAGUGGAAGACUGGCUCUCCGAAUUCAAGGCAUUGUCUGAAACGCAGCUGUCUGGUUACGGUGGAGUCCUCGAUCAGAAGAAUACACUGGUGCCAGCCCUCUACAGCAUCAUCCAGGACCCUGACAGUGAGCUGCUGGAGCCGGUAUGCCAUCAGCUGUUUGAGCUGUACCGCAGCUCAGAGGACUGUCUGCGCCGCUUCACGCUGCAGUUCCUGCCCGAGCUGCUGUGGGUUUACCUGCGCAGAGACGGACACAGCAGCGGCUGCAUCGAGGCUCUUCUGCUGGGCAUUUACAACCUGGAAAUCAUGGAUAAAGAUGGAAACAGCAAGCUGUUAUCGUUCCUGAUCCCGUCCCUGUCCAAGCCAUCCAUAUAUCAUGAGCCAUCCAGUCUGGGCUCCAUGGCUUUGACUGAGGGCGCUCUCUGUCAGCACGACCUGAUCAGAGUGAUCUACAGCGGCCUGCACCUGCAGAGAGAGACCUUCACUGCCCAGAACAGGUUUGAGGUGCUGUGUUUCCUGAUGCUGUGCUAUAACUCGCUGGUGGUCUACAUGCCCCGCUCAUCACACCGGGCCGUCUGCAGGAUGAGCUCGCGGCUGUGCGUGAGCGGCUUUCCCCGGCAGCAGCUGAAGGCCUGGACCGCUCCCUGCAUGCGUGUGCUGCUGGAGCCCCAGUUCAUGGUGCAGAUGCUGGCUGCUGUCUAUCACGCCAUAUAUAACGGCGAGUGGGAUGCUGGGAGAGAGGCUUUGGAUGACAUCCUGUACAGAGCUCAGCUGGAGCUGUAUUCAGAGCCGCUGCUGCUGGGCAAUGCGAUGAAGAGCUCUCUGCCCGGCAGCGCUCCGGACGGAUCUCAGGGGAGGAAGGUCCUGCAGGUGGAGGUCACUCCCAGCAUCAGACGGAUCUCCCGCUGCACCAUCACCGCCGCAUCCAUCCGCAGACUGCGCUGGAAGAGAGAGGAUGUAGACGGGCUGAGCAGGGAGGAGGAGUCCUCCGGCCUGAACGAUGCGGAUGAGGGCUUCUCGUCCGGCGCGUCCAGCAGCAGCCAGCCCAGCGGUGUGCGCGGGAGGAAGAACCGCCCGUCCGCUCGCAGGACCUCCAGCACCUCUCUGGACUGCAGGACGGGGCUGGGCUCCGUCGCCGAGGCUCGCAGAUACUCCAUCCUCAGCCUGCAGGAGCAGCAACUGCCGGAGGAGGUGGAGCUGCUUUCUCCUGGAAAACAGAGCCGGUCACCCAGCUUCAACAUGCAGCUUAUCUCACAGGUCUAGAACCGGCUGCCUCGUCCACGGCUUUCUACGUUCAGUUGGACUGUCACUUCUUGACAGAAGAAUUAUACCCUGAAAGCGGGAACUCUCAUUACUUACUCAUGUCAUUUCAACCCUGUAUUUUUCUCUUGAAACAUAAAAGCGGUCGAAGCCAGGAUGGUGGACGGUGAUUCAUACUGCCACUCAGUGAACACCGUACCAACUUCACACCAGUCAAUAUUAGUGUUACUUCCCUUUCUACAGUCAGUUUGUAAAAGAACAAAUCUUUUCCAAUUUCACACAGCCCAGCCUGAUUCAUUUAACUCUUUUCAGCCAAGUUGCCAGCGUCCGCCAGCAUUUUUGAUCAUUGUCACAAAAUUCUCAUGGCCCCCAGAAUAUUUAGUUGCAUGAAUAUCUGAACGUGCAGAGUCUCUGCUUUUAACAAACAAACAAAAAGGUUUUAUUCUACUUUCAUGCAUUGUUUUUUUUAUCUACACUCAAAUGUUUUGAUCAAAAAGCUGAGAAAAUGGUGUUUAGUCAAUGACUGCAUCCAGAUCACAUUCAGUACUGAGUUAACUUUAGGUGGUUUUGAUUGAUAUGCUGAUUGAUGAUAAAUGUUAUACCACCCCCUACUGUAUAACAGUGAAAACACAGAAUGCCGGAAAAUUUCUUCAAUGGUGAGGAAAGAGUUGAAAGCAU